AUGUAUCAUGCAGACUUUAAAGCAUUUUCACCAAACAGAGAAUAUGUCUACGAAUAUGAAGCUCAGUUGGCAACUGGAAUGCCGGGAGGUAGCAAGUUGUAUUCUGGGCUGAAAGUCAAGUCGGAUGUCCGUUUCCAGUUCCAAACAGUCUCCAGAGUCACUAUGAAGAUGGAUAAAGUUUAUCUUUAUAAACUAAACGGCUUGGUUGAAAACGAGAACCCUACAAGGGAACAACUCUCUGUUUAUGAAGAACUCAGUGGUCCAGAAGCUACAUGGAUGAUGGACUAUCUUAUUAAAUCUAUGACGUUCAAGUACAUUAAAGGACAUGUACAAGAGAUUAAGGGUGAGAGUGAUGACAAUGCUUGGUCCAUAAAUGUAAAGAAAGGUAUACUGAGUUUACUAGAAAUGAAUCUCGAGGAGAGGAUGUCAGUCAGCAGUAAAGACCGUUUGGUGGAACUUAAUCGUAAUAGAUUUUCCCCAACAGACUUCUAUACUGUCAUGGAGCCAAGUGUUGUUGGUGACUGUGAAACAACAUACAAUCUUGAAACAGAUAUCCCCAAUGAUGGCCAACAUUACAUGUACCUGACUAAAGUCAAGAACUAUAAACGUUGUCUGGAUCGUCCUGUAUAUACCAGGUCUUAUUUCAAUGCAAUGAAAUGUGCACAGUGUGAAAAUGAAAGGACUGAACCAUUCAAAUCAGCAUCCCAGAUCAGAUACGUACUGAAAGGAGACAAACGGAGGUUCCUCAUCCAAAGUGCUAUAGCAGAAAGCCAGCAUGUAUUUACACCGUAUUCAGCCGAAGGUGGAAAUGUUGCUACUUAUAUAAAUCAGACACUGGUGUUGAUCAACCAAGAAGAAAUCCAAAAUCCAAUCGCCGGCCCACGUAAUCCACAGAUUUAUACCAAUGGACUUCAAGCUGAUGUAGAUGAUAUGCCGGACCAGGCAGAGAAACCACUGACUAUGCAGCCAUAUUUAGAUCAAAAACCAAAACGAACACCAUCAGAAGUCAAACAAUUAAUUUCAAAGUAUCUGGACAUGAUUGUUGCUUACUCAAAAGAUGAAGUCGAACAACAGGCGACGUCAGUGACUUUUACGUUGGCCGAUGAAAUAAGGCGAGCUGACGCAGAUAUUUUACGGUCUGUUUGGGAGGAAUAUGGAGAAGGUACUGAUAAGUCAGCUAAUGCCGACAAAUACUAUAAGAGAGAAAUUUUAUUAGAUAUUUUACCAAUGACUGGAACGCCAGCAGCUUUUGAGGUUUUGUCUGACUACAUCAGAAAGGCUAAAACCCGACCAGAAAGAAUGUCAGUCGCCAUCAAUGCCUUCACUGUCACGGCCUAUCCCGAUAUCAAUAUUGCCAAAUAUCUGUUGGAAAUGGUGCGUGACAAAUAUGUCUGGAACACAGAACCCCUACGUCAAUCCACAUACAUGUGUCUGGGCGCUUUUGCUGAUAGGAUUAGAGUUGAAAAGGACAAGCUGAACAAAAAAUUGUUACAGAAGGAAAAACAGAUAAAGGCACUUCGGGAUGUGGAGAAUAGGAAAUACGUACGUUCUCAGUUUCAAUCUAAGCUCACAGAUGUCCAAGAUCAACUGGAACAAACUUCUGCAGUCUUCUCUAAACUGAAAAUGGAAAUUUUAAAGGAAGUGAGAUUAUUGAUGAAAUCGCAGAACCCUGAGGACCUUAUUCUGGCUUUAAAAACUAUUGGAAACGCCGGAUAUCCUGAUUUUAUUUCUGACAGUAAAUCUAUUUUAGAAGACAAAUCAAAAUCACAAAUUAUACGUGCACAAGCUAUUUACAGCUUAAGGAAAAUAACUGCUUACUCACCGGAAGCUGUUAGGGUUUUGCUAUUGCCGUAUUUCUUCGACCAUCAAGAGGUUGAAGAAGUGAGAAUUGCAUCGUAUUUGUUAAUAGCUGGUAUCAGUCCAUCUAGGCCAACACUUGAACUGAUUGCUCAAUCAUUGUACAGAGAACCCAAUCCUCAUGUUGGUACAUUCGUGUACACACACUUGGAACAAUUGUCCAACUCAACCCAUCCUUGUCUUAUGUCUUGGGCAAAGAAUGCCACGUUUGCUUUGCGAUUUGCCAAGAAAUUUAGCCCCAGUUGGCACUACUCUCGAUUUUUCCACCUUUCGUCAUUCAAUGAUGAUACUAAAUUAGGUGGUGCUUUGGAGUUUGGUUACGUAUCCUCUCCCCAAGAAUUUAUCCCUCGCAGUGGUGCAAUUCAUGGAAACAUGCAUAUCCUGGGUUAUUCUACAAACAUUAUGGAGGUUGGAUUUAAUACUGAAGGUCUCCAGAAAAUGAUUAGUAAACUACUUGGUCCUUACAGUAAGCUAGCUAGAAGUCAAUCUGUUUUUGAAUUACUUAAGUCACAAAGUUCAAGCCAGUCAAAGAAAAGUGGAAAACAGUCCGUUCCUUCACCAGAGAAGCAGUCUUAUCAAAGUAAACAACAAUCCCAGGAAAGCAGGCAACCAUCUGACCAAAUCCCAGAAAGUGUUAGAGAUAUACAUAGAAAAUUAAAAGUAGAACAGAGACGACCGCCAAACUUAAAGGGACAUAUCUAUUUCAAACUCUUUAACAAUGAAAUUAGGUAUUUUGAUUUGGAAGAAUCCAUGCUACAAAAUGUCAUUCAAAAAGGAUUGGCUUCAGACAAGAGUGACCCCCAAAAUGGUUUUGAUGUUGAUUUUUAUAAAUCAGCUGUGCAUAUCGAUGGCCAAUACAGUUGGUUUACCGAGAUAGGAUUCCCCAUUCAUUUCAAAGUUAAAAGUUCUGCAACUUCAAAAGUAAAUGGUAAAUGGUCCUUAGGACAAACACUAAAAGGAAGUGCUCAACAAUCAGAAGCCAGAUUCGACAUCGAUCCAAGCAUGGCAUUCCAAAUGAGAGGAGUUGUAGAGGCUGAUUUUUACUAUUUCAAGAGCGGUGCUACAAUAACAUCACAAUUCCAGUCGGCCUCACCAUUGUCCUUCUCCGUAUCAUUAAAUCCUAACACAGGAGACUUUUUCACAAAGAUGGACAUGAAGAAUAUGAAAGAGAAUUUCUUCCAUAGCGAGAUUAGUCCUACGUUCUUUGUAGAGAGUCAUUACAUUGGCACAAGUAAAGUUCCAUAUGCAGACCUUAAAUAUGUGGAUAAAAUGAACGACGCAGAAGUUAUGCCAUUUGACUACCAUUAUGGAAAGUAUGAACUAGGCUUCACAUACGAGAUGAAAGGACAAAGAGUUACUAGAAAUUUCUUCCCACGAUUGCCCUUUUAUCCAUUUUGUGGAAGAAAUCAGAUGUUUAUGUCCUUUAAACCAGGAGUUAACCCGCCGGAAUUCGCAGAAUUUCAAUUCAAAUAUUUAACUAAAUUAUCAGAUCCAUCGAUAGACAGAAGAACGGACACAAGUUCUGAAGAAAGUCAAGCGGGUCAAACUAGCCAGGAACAAGAUAAAAAUAAUCCACCAAAUGGAAUUUGGUCAAACCUCAAGAGUUAUAUUUUUGGUGCAAAUACAGAGAGUGAAGAGUCAAUAUCAUCACAACCUCGUCAGAAUACACAGCAACAAUCACUACAAAUUAACAGCAGAUCCCAACAACAACGAUCUCAACAAAGUAUUAGUGACUCCAAGCAACAAUCACAACAAAGCAGUAGUGAUCCCCAACAACAAUCACAAGAAAGUAGUAGUGAUCCCCAACAACAAUCACAAGAAAGUAGUAGUGAUCCCCAACAACAAUCACAAGAAAGUAGUAGUGAUCCCCAACAAAAAUCACAACAACGUUCAGGUAUCGAAUUGUCAAGACAAGAACGUCGACAUCAGUCUUCCAGCAGUUCUCCAGCAUGGUAUGGAUUUGGUGUUCGAUGGGUUGGCGUUGGAAGUAAACCAGAACGAUGGGCACAGUUUGAAGGAUACUAUCAACGAAAUCCAACAAAAAGACAACAUAGUUUUAAUUUCCAUUAUUUACGUACUGCUUUCCCAGAGAUAGAACAACAUUCAUACAAUGUCGAAGUCAAGGGGACAUUUGAAUAUCCAGAUAUGGAAAUAGAACCUUCGGAUCUGUUGAGCCCAUCAUAUCAGAGAGAAAACCAAAGACUUAUCCAGAGAUUUUUGCAAAGGCACGGCGAGGAAGCUAUGGAUCAAAUGUUGAAAUUAGAGUCAGUGCGGGGAAAAGAUAAUCUAUUUGACUUGCUGUCAAACCCUAAGCAUUGUCAGAGAGAUCUUGUCGAAGAAGUAGUGCAGGAAAAUAAGAGGUCUUCCGACCCAAAAAUGCAGCAGUUGAUUAAACUGGAAGAAAACCAAAAACAAGUUUCACAACAGCUUCAAAGCUUUGUGAAGCAGAGACAUAAUGUAUUGGAUUCGUCCAGUAAAUUACAAAAAUCGAACAAUUUGAUAGAAAAACUAUCGUCUAUUAACGACGAAGCAUCAAAGCAAUUAGAAAAAAUACCAGACAAUUCAAAGAAAGACAUACUUUUGAAGAGUAUUGUCCUAAGGCAACAGGAAAACCAGAAACGUCUGAUGAUGAUCAAGAAAAGUUUGCAAAGUCAUUUAGACAAACAACAAAGACAAGCACUUAAUCUUAAGGUACAGGGCUCUGGACAGGAGGUUCAAAAAUUACUUCAAAAACAGUCACAAAAAGAGCAAAGUGGUUCAAAGAAUCCUAAACCAUUAGUAAUGAAAGAAUUUCAAGCAGUAAAACAGGAACAGGCAAAAAUAAUGGGAAAAGUAUCAGGUUCACCAAAGAAGGUACCAAAACAAGCACUUCGACAGGUCUUACAGAUGACAGAUCAUUUAUUACACCAGAUUGUUACCCAGCACAAUGUAAAAGAAAACCAAGAACAGGCUCUUGUGUUACUCAGUGUUUUGAUUCAACAUCAGCAGAUAGCAGAAGCUAUUAAGCAAGCCACUCAAAAUCCUUUAGACCAGUCCAGUGACAAAUCAAUGGAAAGUAGCGAGAAUGAUAGUGUAGAAUCAAUUGUAGGUAAGCCUCAAUUGAAAGAACUUAUAGACAGACUUCAAGAUCAGAGUCGCGCUAUUUCUCUAGUUGAUCAAAUGAGAAAACUGGAAAAAGAUAUUUAUCAAAUGCAAAAAUCCAAUUCACAAAAUGAUAUACAAAUUGUGACAGAACUUAGCAAAUUACGUUUGAGACAAAUUCACAUUGGCUUAUCCCUCCCGAAAUUGGCAAGAUUGGAUGAGAAAGAAGCCAGAAACGUUGUAAACAAACUUGAAGAAAUAUCUAAUGAGGUGGCCCAGAAAGCAGACCAAGUCAAACAUUAUAGUCCUGCUGUGGACCAAGUGAAAACAAUAAGUCAGUCGCAAAUACAACUGUUAGAUAAGGUUCAGAAUAUAAUACAGAAUAACCAAGAGAAGAGUCUGCGAGACAGAAUACAAGGCGAUAAACUUAUCAAUAUGGAUGUGUUAAAUAGAUUGACAAAGAGAAUAGAGAAGUCAGCACAGAGGAGUGUUCCACAAGCAGUAUUCACAGUUUCGAAAUUGAUGGGUGAAAUUCAACUCGAACAACAAUCCGUUGAAGAAUUAGUAAAACAGCUGGGCCCUAGUAAGGGAGGUCAACACAUUGCUGAUAUUUCCAAUGAAAUUAUUCAGAAAGCAAAACAAAUCGUAGACACAAUUUCUAAACAACCUAAACAACCAUGGCAACCGCAUUAUUUGGAGCAUGUAAGUGAAAUGGUCCAAAAACAAGAUAAAAUCUUACAAGCUAUAGAAAGGGACACACAACGUAUAUCAUCUUCAGAAAAACAACAGCUUAAGCGCAUUUUACAGAGGCAACACCAAGAACUUCGUGAAAUAAAGGUUUCCAUUGACAGACAAGUUAGGAUAGGUUUAUCAUCGAGGAAACAACAAUCAUCUUCGACGUCUGAGGAAAUGCAGCCAAUCACACAAUCUGAUAGUUCAAAAUGGUCAAGUCCUCGUUCAAACGAACAACAACGAGUUGAUGUUCCCUCUGAGGUAGAGCACCUGAUUAAAGAAAUACAGCAAAAGUUGAAACAGAUAAAACAGCAAAUAUCUCAAAUUUCAAAUAAAAAGAAAUCACAAUUAAUUAAAGAAUCGAUCAGAUUAACAAAGGAAGCUGUUGCUGUUGUGUCUGCUCAUUCGCAGAUAAGGAUACCAGAAAAUCAACUCCGUCAAAUCAAUGAAAUUCAAAAAACGCUCCAGCUGAAGAUUGGUCAAGGUGUCGAUUCAUCAGACGAGAAAAGCUUGCAACGUAGACAAUCAAGCGAAUUGAAGGUACUAAAAGAUGAACUCAAACAACAGAUGCGUCAUCAACAUGCUUUGAAAGAAAGUGUACAAAGCUCCGAAGAAGCAUAUGAGAGUAAUGAACAAUACAGAGAACUGCAGGAGAUGCCGAAACAGUCAGCAGAUAAUCAGAUGUUUCUGAACAUGGACAUCACAUUUGGAUACAAAGGCCUUCUUCAUAAGCAUAUAACCUUACAGGGUGUAGCUGCUAAGUCAAUGGCCCAAUUGCAAUGGGAAGCUAGGCAGACAUCUCCACAAAAAGACGAUUUAGUACGAAGAUAUCUGGAAGAAAAGGACAAUCCAACAGCUAAAUCAGAGCAGGCAUACAGAGACCUUAAACGGGAACUAAACAUGUUCCGACAUUAUCAUUUUAAUGUGAAAUAUGUCAUGACCGACUUCGAGCCAUUUUAUCGUAUGAUGUAUUGGCGCUUCCAAGAAUAUAUGAAAUUCGCUUUGUAUAAAUAUGGUGAAUUUUAUAUGCCAAAGGAAACCGCGGAUCAAAUUGAGUUUAUGUUUGAUCUGCACAGAAAUAAUAAACAGAUGGACAUAUCUCUGUUCACACCAUAUGAAACGGACAAAUUUCAUGGUGUUUAUCUUCCUUGGAUGGUCUUUAUGGAAAUGUUCUACAGAGCAGAUAGCAUCAAACUGCCCAAGAGUGUACCUCAAAAAGUGCCAUUAUUUGGUGCAUCUCAGAAACUGCCAGGUGAAUGUGAACUCCGCCAGGGGUCAGUUAGAACAAUGGAUGAGCAUGUUAUGGAAUUACCUGCGACAAGGUCUUGUGACGUUAUUCUGGCCAUGGACUGCUCUCCAGCUGCUAAAUAUGUGGUAAAAGCCAGGAGUGAGAAUCGACAGAAGAGGGUUGUAACUGUGAUUGCUGGGGAAUCAAGAGUGGAAGUUGUAAAAGACGUCAGCAUUAGUGUCAAAGUUAAUGGUCAGCAGCAGCCAUUAUCACAGGAUAAAUCAGUAAUAGUUCAAGCACAAAAUGGAAAACCAAGGAAGCAGGAUGUAGUUAAAGUUACCCAAGAAGGAGAAGAUGUGAAGAUUUCUUUACCUCAAGAAGGAAUCCGAGUCAUGGUGUUACAAGAUCAAAUCAAAGUUCAGGCAUCUCCAUUCCAGUAUUCCAGACUCUGUGGAAUCUGUGGCAAUUACGAUGGCAUCCAACAAAAUGACCGGGAAAAUCCACAAAGACUACAACAGAGGUCACCUAGCUGUUUGUUAGCAGAUAAUAUAUUACCUGAUGAUAAGUGCAAUGUUCAACCGAUCAAAGACCAAUGCAGUAAAGAACAGCCACAGUCUCCUGAUGCAUGUAAACCCGUCCAAAGGCAACUUGUAAAAACACGGCAACAAAAUGGUAAAAGUCAGGUUUGUUUCUCAGCUGAACCUGUAAAGGAAUGUAAACCAGCUUGUAAGGAAAUCAGACCAAGAGGAAAACGUGUAUCAAUGAAGUGUUUAGAUCAAGAAAAUAGAAACGCCCAGAUUCUUCUCACUCAUAGCCAUCAUCGUCCUCUACCCGAGAUUGAAUCUAUCUCUGUGCCUCAACAGAACCGAUUUGUAACUGAUGUUAAGGAACCUUACAGCUGUUCUAGAAAUUAAUCAUCAAAUGGAAACCUACUUUUUAAACGACCCAAGGACUCUUUACGAUUUUUUCUGUUCUGCUAAGCUUGAAACCCAGUGAUUUGUAUGUACUUUGUUUAUAAAAGUUUUUCUUUUAUUAUUUUGCUUCUUCAUUGCUUUUUACCUACCAGGUUGUUCACUUGUCAUUUAUUUGCAAGUAAAUUAUGGUGGUGCAAAAUGUUACAUAUGGUUCUAUAUAAAGUAUCAUAAUGUUUCUGAACUGAACAUGAAUUGAUCUGAUUAGUUAUAGUAUUUAUGACAUUCAUUUUGAGCGAUAUAAAUAGGGCAUUAAAUAAGAGGUGUUUUGUAUCUUUUUACAUCACAAAUCCUCAUUAGAGUAUUGUUUUUUUCUGCUUAUACAAGUUGUAUAUAUAUAUAUAUAUUUGUUUGCUUAUUUUUUUGGAUUAAUUUUUGUUUUAUUUUUUUAUGGUUUCUUUUUCCAAUUUACUGUCAAAUUUUUUAUAAAGCAUCGUUUAUAUUCCGAUGAUCUGCUUUCCAUUUUUUGGAGUAGUAUCAUGAUUGUAUUUACUGUUACCUCUUACUAUAAUAGUACUGAUAUUUUCAAUGAUUUUAGAGUCAGUCGAUGUAAACCAGUAAGUUUUAAACAAGUAUCCUCAGGAUAACAUGCUUUAUAUGGGUUUCUAUUGUAUAUAGCUUUCAGCAAAUAAAGCAUGCAGCAUUU